UAGGGUAACCUAGGUUAACCUCUCAUUCGUUGUGAUUCCAGUGUCGUGUGUGCAUUGUCAAAUAGUGGCUCUAUUUAUAAUUUUUAUCAUAGAAAAUAUUUAUUUUCGAUUAUUUUGAGAAAUCAAAAAUCUUCUGAUAACUCACUAUUAAAUUUUUAAAGCUUCAAUAAUAGUAUUAUAAACAAAAGAAAUAAAAAUGGAGAAACCACAGAAAAUGCCAAAAGUGGCAAAGGUUAAAAAUAAAGCUCCAGCAGAAAUACAAAUUACUGCCGAGCAACUGUUACGAGAGGCGAAAGAGCGAGAUUUAGAGAUUCUACCUCCACCACCUAAACAAAAAAUCUCAGAUCCACAUGAAUUAGCAGAUUAUCAACAUCGAAAAAGGAAAGCUUUCGAAGAUAACAUUCGAAAAAAUCGUAUGGUAGUUGCUAACUGGUUGAAAUAUGCCCAUUGGGAAGAAACACAAAAGCAAAUUGAACGAGCAAGGUCAAUUUACGAACGUGCUCUAGACGUUGAUCAUCGCAACGUUACAUUAUGGCUGAAAUAUGUAGAGAUGGAAAUGAAAAAUCGUCAAAUAAAUCAUGCACGAAAUUUGUGGGAUAGAGCUCUCACAAUUUUACCCCGAGUUAACCAAUUUUGGUAUAAGUACACGUAUAUGGAAGAAAUGUUGGAGAACAUUGCUGGAGCUCGACAAGUUUUUGAACGUUGGAUGGAAUGGGAACCAGAUGAGCAAGCUUGGCAAACAUAUAUCAAUUUUGAAAUGCGCUAUAAAGAAAUUGAUAGAGCUCGAGCCAUUUAUGAAAGAUUUGUCAUGGUUCAUCCAGACGUAAAAAAUUGGAUUAAAUAUGCAAGAUUCGAAAAUGCUAAUGGAUUUAUUAAAGGUGCAAGAAAAGUCUAUGAACGAGCUGUUAUCUUUUACGGAGACGAAACUAUUGACGAAAAACUUUAUAUUGCAUUUGCCAAAUUCGAAGAAUCCCAGAGAGAGCAUGAACGAGCUCGGGUUAUAUAUAAGUAUGCUCUUGACCAUAUACCCAAAGAUAGAACUGAAGAAAUAUACAAAGCUUAUACUAUUCAUGAAAAAAAAUAUGGUGAUAGAUCCGGAAUAGAAGAUGUAAUUGUUAGUAAAAGAAAACAUAAAUAUGAACAGCAAGUAAAAGAAGAUCCGUACAAUUAUGAUACGUGGUUUGACUAUCUGAAGCUAAUGGAGGCUGAAGGAAACAAUGUAGAAACUCGGGAAAUUUAUGAAAGAGCUAUAGCGUACGUCCCACCCAAAAGAGAAAAAGACUUUUGGAGAAGAUAUAUUUACCUUUGGAUAAACUACGCACUGUUUGAAGAAUUAGAAACAGAAGAUAUAGAACGUUGUCGCCAAGUUUAUAAAGUCUGUCUGGAAUUAAUACCACAUAAAAUAUUUACUUUUGCUAAAGUUUGGCUAUUAUAUGCAAAAUUUGAAUUAAGACAAAAGAACUUAGCAGCAGCACGUAAAGCAUUAGGACAAAGUCUUGGAAUGUGUCCGAAAAAUAAAUUGUUUCGUGGUUAUAUUGAUUUAGAGAUUCAGUUAAGAGAAUUCGAUCGGUGUCGAAAAUUAUAUGAAAAAUUUUUAGAAUAUGAACCUGAAAAUUGUACAACAUGGAUGAAAUAUGCUGAAUUAGAGACUCUCUUAGGAGACAUUGACAGAGCUCGUGCAAUUUACGAGCUUGGAUUGAAACAACCUAGGCUUGAUAUGCCUGAGUUAUUAUGGAAGUCUUACAUAGAUUUUGAAAUAAGUCAAGACGAACCUGCAAAUGCUCGAAAUCUAUUUGAACGUUUAUUAGAACGUUCUAUUCAUGUUAAAAUAUGGAUAGCAUAUGCUAAAUUUGAAUUAUUUAAUGCUAAUUCGGAAGAAGGAAUCGAUAGUGUGGCGGCAGCAAGGCGCAUUUUUGAAAGAGGAAAUUCUGCUUUGCGAGCUAAUGGAGAGCGAGAAAACCGAGCUCUACUCCUUGAAGCAUGGCGAGAUUUCGAAAAUGAAAAAGGAGAUGACGAAAGUCGUGCUAAAAUUAAAGAAAAGAUGCCAAGAAGAAUUAAAAAGACUCAACGAGUUGUUGGAGAAGAUGGUACUGACGGUUGGACAGAAGUUUUUGAUUUUGAAUUUCCUGAAGACGAAUCUCAGAAACCAAUUCUCAAGCUUUUGUCUAUAGCUAAAGGAUGGACUGCACAGAAACAAUCAGAAGAAUCAAAUAAAUCAUCAUAAAUCAUUGUCAAUAGAAAGUUAAAUAAAAUUGUAAAUAAAAUUCAAGGUUUUAUA